AUGCCUGGUCGAAAAAUUCGAUUGACUUCUGGCUCGUCAUUAAUUAUUAUUGGCACUUCAUUAACAAAUGUACCAUCUAAAACAAUCAAAGUAUCGACCGCAUCGAAAACAAAAUCACAUCAUCAUGCAUCACGAUCUGCUAAAGCAUCAACGGCAACAACUGUCAUACACAAUGAUCGUGAAAAUCUAUCAACGAUCUUUUCCAACAAAUCAAAGUCAAGCGGUGAUCGCCGUGGCAUAGAUGAUAAUCAUGAACGUGGCCCGGCCAAUAGUCCAUUUGAUCUUAUCGAACAUAGUAUAUCUGGAUUGGGUGUUCUUUCCAGUCUACCGAAGCCGGAUUCAUUUGAUGCACUACAAAUUGGCAGUGAUAGAUUACGAACAAUUAUUGCUGCUCUUCAUUGUAAUAUUAUUGUACGUAAAGAAGAUCUUGUCCGAAAUUUAGAUUAUGCAGCGAAUGUCCUUGAAGCUGUUCAUCAAGAUGAAGCAAGACGACUCAUGGAAGAAGACGAUGGCGCAUUAUCAGAAAUUGAGCCUGAUUCGGUACCAAACGAAGUGCGAGACUGGCUAGCGAUGACAUUUACACGAUCAAUGUCAACUAUUAAACGACGACCAUCCGACAAACCAAAGUUUAAAAGCGUCGCACAAGCUAUAAGAGCGGGUAUCAUGGUUGAUAGGUAUCUAAGACGUCUAUCUAUCGACAUUAAAUUUAAGACGAUUAAUGAAUGGACUUUUGAUGUCUUCUCUGUGAAUGAGUUUACAAAUGGUCAAUGUUUACGUUACGUUGGCUUUGAACUUAUGCAAAGAUAUAAUUUACCAAAUAAACUUCAUAUCUCUAUAAAUGCGCUACAAAAUUUUCUCGAACAAAUGGAAAGUGGCUAUAGUAAACAUCGAAAUCCAUAUCAUAAUUUAAUUCAUGCAGCCGAUGUUCUACAAACAACAUAUCAAAUCAUAUAUAAUUCUGGUCUCAUGAAUUGGCUUAACGAUCAUGAAUUAUUUGCGAUGUUUAUUGCGGCUAUUAUACAUGAUUUUGAACAUACUGGAACAUCGAAUAAUUUUCAUAUACAAUCAAGAUCGGAUACCGCAUUAAUAUAUAAUGAUCGCGCAGUACUUGAAAAUCAUCACGUAAGCGCUGCGUUUCGAUUAAUGCGAAUAGAUGAUUAUAAUAUUUUAUCGGAAUUUUCCUCCGAUGAAUUCAAAAAUUUCCGACAUUUGGUUAUUGAAAUGGUUCUUGCCACCGAUAUGAGUUCACAUUUUACACAAUUAAAAACCAUGAAAAGUCUUCUAAGUAUGCCCGAAAAUAUUGAAAAAUCGAAAGCAUUAGCACUUAUACUGCAUAGUGCGGAUAUUAGUCAUCCAGGCAAACCAUGGACUAUGCAUCAUGCAUGGACGGAAUUACUGAUGGAAGAAUAUUUUAAACAAGGCGAAAAAGAAAAAGAACUCGGUCUACCUUGUUCGCCGUUAUGUGAUCGAGAUAAUACACUUGUUGCUGAAUCUCAAAUUGGUUUUAUUCAAUACAUCGUUGAACCUUCAUUUGUUGUUAUGGGUGAUAUGCUUGAAAAAAUUCUUAAAUCCUUUGCUGCGCCUGAUUCUGAACUUCCAUCACCGUCGAUACCACCUAAAAGUGCUGUUUCAUGUUCGUCACCGUCACUAUCGCCAAAGUCAUCGAAUGCAUCCAAUCGUCAUCGUGAUGAUCAAUUAGAAAAUGGACGUGAGAGAAAACCAUCGUCUAUGACAACGCCUAUCCCUCGACCAACAACCGUUCGACGACCAUGGAUUGAAUAUCUUAAAGAAAAUCGUGAACGAUGGAUAAGAGAAGCAGACGAAGAAAAACGUCGACGAGAAUUAAAAGCUAUUGAAGAAGAAUCUUAA